AUGCCCCGGACCAGGCAGAGCAGCCGCCAAGGGUCGUCUCGUCAGACUCGCCGCCGGGCACGCUCCUCCAGAGCCGGGCUGACACUGUCUGUGAGUCUGGUGGAACACCUUCUUCGGGAGGCCUGCCAUACCGCGCGACUGAGCGAAACAGCGCCCAUCUUGCUGACCGCCAUCCUGGAGUUCAUGGUCCGCAGAGUGCUGGAGCUGGCAACCAACGAGGCCCAACGCCGAGGUGCCGAGAUGUUCAUCACCCCGGAGCUGCUGGACGCCACUGUCUACAACAACACGCUCCUCAGCGAACUGUUCCAGUUCACCACCAUCUCUCAUGUGGCUCUGCCGGAACCUCGCCGUCGGCGUAGCAGUCGUCGACGUCAGGGCUCUGGCAUAGGCGGGAAAGCUGAUGCGCAGGCGUGGAAUCUGAAUCUCGCCCCUGGGCGGGACCGGACCAAUCCACUCUCGCUCCGACGGCGCUUCGAGUGGGAAGAGUUCGCGGUUAUCUCCCGCUCCGACGGCGCUUCGGUUAGGAGGGGGCAAAUAAGCUUUUCAGAGCGGGAAGAGUUCGCGGUUAUCUCCCGCUCCGACGGCGCUUCGGUUAGGAGCGCGCGGCUUUUCUCAGGCUUUUGGACGGGGCAAAUAAGCUUUUCAGAGUGGGAAGAGUUCGCGGUUAUCUCGUAA